ACCUCUCAUAUUGUUAUCAACGAUAUAACAUAUGCAGAUACUGUAAAUUUACACUCAUCAUACAUAUAAAAGUGCCACAAAAACAAGUAUACAUCAGAAUACUUGUAGUCACUCUCAUUUUAUUAUCUAGAAAACAACACCCUUUCUUCUCCUUUACCAAUUCUCUUGAAAAAGUGAAGGAAUAGUGUACUUUCUUCAUUAUUGCUUUCACAAUCAUGGCUGCUUUUAUGUUGUCUUUGGUAUUUUUCUUGGCUAUCACUGGUCACUCAAGUGCCAGUUACUGUAUUUGCAAAGAUGGUGUGGAUGUAAAAAUUCUUCAAGAGAACAUUGAUUAUGCCUGUGGAUCUGGAGCUGAUUGCACAGCUAUCCAUACUAAUGGUGCUUGUUACAAUCCUGACACUGUCAAAGAUCACUGCAACUAUGCUGUAAAUAGCUAUUAUCAGAGAAAAGGUGCCUCUGGUGCUAGUUGUGACUUUAAGGGAACUGCAACUUUGACUCCAACUGCACCAGCUUCUGCUGGUUCUGGUUGUGUAUAUCAGUCUACUGCAGGUAACACUGGUGGAAACGCAAGUCCAACAACUGUUCCAGGAACCAUAAAUCCAUCAACAGGAGGCACUAGCAUCGGAACCGGAACGGGAACUGGCACGACCACCACAGUACCAGGGACUAAUCCAGUUUUCGGACUUGGACCAAGUGGCAUGACCAACACAGAUAUAAAUGGGGUUGCUACUAUUCGUCAGAUUCGUCAGAGCCGUGUGUUUUUCACCAUGGCCCUUUUGUUAACAAGCUUGUUGGUAUGCUUAAGGGUUUAAAAAGGUGGGGGGAAAUGAAACUAUAAGGGACAAUUAGCCCAUUUGGUUGCCACGCUAGAGUAUAAUUUGCAUGAUUAAUAAUUAUUCUAAUUGAAUAGAAUUUUGAGGGGGAAAUUACGCGGACA